AUGUUCUCCACGCCUUUUUGCUCGCAUAUUAUUCAUUACGACCCCCCAAGGGGAUUUCUCGUGCCUAAAUUCUCCACGUACGAUGGGUUUAGCGACCCCUUCGACCAUAUCAUGCAUUAUCGACAGCUCAUGACUCUCGAUAUAGGCAACGACGCGCUACUAUGCAAAGUAAUCCUCGCCAGCCUACAAGGGCAGGCUCUCUCAUGGUUUCACCGUCUACCCCCUAACUCUGUUGGUAAUUUCAGGGACCUGUUGGAAGCUUUUGUGGGACAAUACUUAUGCUCCGCUCGACAUAAACAGAACAUCAGCACUCUACAAAACAUAAAAAUGCAAGAGAACGAGUCUUUGAGGGAGUUCGUGAAGCGGUUUGGUCAAGCCGUGUUACAACUAGAGGCUUACAGCAUGGAUGUUGUCCUACAGAUCUUCAAGCGAAGCAUCUGUCCAGGCACCCCAUUCUUCAAAUCGCUAGCUAAGAAGCCUCCUACGACAAUGGACGACUUGUUCUGGCAUGCGAGCAAAUAUUCAAUGCUCGAAGAUGACGUGCGAGCAGCCACCCAGCAAAUCUUGGUUGCCGGACAGGCAUCCAGAAGUGGUGCGGAAAGAAGUGCCAAACUUCAGGACCGGCCAAGGCCAUCCGGUCAAAGGCAGGAAGAACAAAGCUGCCCGGAAAAGCCGCCCCUCACAUCUCUUUCCAUAUCCUAUGAAAAGCUUCUCCCUAUGAUCCAAGACAUGUCUAACUUCAGGUGGCCUGAACUCCUCAGAGCGGACCCAUCCAAUUGGGAUCAUAGUAAAAAAUGUGCCUACCAUAAGGAGCAUGGUCACACAACGGAGACGUGCAGAAGCCUCCAUUAUUUGGUCGAAAAGCUCAUAAGGGCGGGACAUUUGAAGCAAUACCUCCGCUCAGAUGCCAGAGGUAGAGACGCUUCCUGA